CCCCCAGCCGAGGUGCAAAGCGAGAUCGAGCGGAUCUUCGAGCUGGCCAAGUCCCUGCAGCUGGUGGUGCUGGACGCCGACACCAUCAACCACCCGGCCCAGCUGGCCAAGACCUCCCUGGCGCCCAUCAUUGUCUACGUCAAGGUGUCCUCGCCCAAGGUCCUGCAGCGUCUCAUCAAGUCGCGGGGGAAGUCGCAGGUGAAGCACCUCAACGUGCAGAUGAUGGCAGCCGACAAGCUGGUGCAGUGUCCCCCGGAGCUCUUCGACGUGAUCCUGGAUGAGAACCAGCUGGAGGACGCCUGCGAGCACCUGGCCGAGUAUCUGGAGGUGUAUUGGAGGGCCACCCACCACCCCCCGCACGCCCCCCACGCCGUCCCCUCGCCCACCGGCCUCCCGGGCCUGCAGAGCCAGCAGCUGCUGGGGGAGCGGGGGGAGCACUCGCCGCUGGAGCACGACAGCCUGAUGCCCUCGGACGAGGCCGGGGACACCUCGCCCCAGCCCUGGGGGGCCACGUCCCAGCGCAGCUCCCGGCACCUGGAGGAGGAGGAGGAGUACGGGGACCCCUACCCGGACCUGUACCAGCCCCACCGGCACCACGGCAGCGGCCCCGGGACGCCGGAGCGCCCGGGCGAGCGCAACCACGACAGGAACUGGCAGCGCAGCCGGCCCUGGGCCAAGGACAGCUAUUAGGGGUGGGGAGGGGAGGGGAGGGGGGGGGGGGGGGGCACGGCUGGGAACCGGCCCCCUUCCCCCUACAAAGCCCGGGCGCUGCCCCCCUCGCCCCCAGCCCCGCGCUGGGGGUGCUCAGACAAUCUCCCUUCUCGGGGAUCUCCUCGGCACCGGCAGCUUCCUCGCGCCCGGGCCCCCCCCCUCUCCCCGGGCACGUCUUCAGCCAUAAGCACAGAGCUGGGGGGGGGGGGGGCGGGCCCGGCGGCCAGGAUGCCCGGGGCCCCCCCCCCCCCCCGAAAACUUUUGGGAAACCCGGGGGCCCCCCCCUCCCCUUCCCCCCCCUGCCCCGGGCCCCCCCCCCCCCGGCCCCGCAUCGCAGGCUGGCUCAUUCCCCCCGCAGGGCAGCUGCCAUGGACAGUGGGUGCCCCCCCUCCC